AUGGCGGCACCGCCCAGGCACGUCUCCAUGCUCUCCAUCAGCAAUAGCAACGCCGGUACCCCCCCAGUCCGCAUCAAGCGACAAACCACAGACUCCGCAGCCACCUUCAACUCCACAGCAGGCCUCUGGUCUUCGCAUCUCAACCGCAGCCGCAAUGCAGAGCUCAGCCGGGCGAGCUUCGCCUACCUUUUCGCAGAGAUGGUCACAUAUGCCCAGCGGAGGGUAACAGGUAUCCAAGACUUGGAAAAAAGAUUAAAUGAACAAGGAUAUCCUCUUGGCCUUCGCCUUCUUGACCUUCUCUUUUAUCGUUCUACCUCCACCUCCUCCUCUGCUCUCUCCAGCUCAUCGACCUCAUCAUCCCCACCAAACCGUCCUCUCCGGAUCCUCCCCCUCCUCCAUCUCAUCCACGGUCCACUAUGGAGACUCCUCUUCCAGCGUUCCGCCGAUGCCCUCGAACAUUCCGUGUCACCAGAUACCCCCAACGAAUACAUGAUCACCGAUAACGAUCCCCUAGUCAAUACGUAUAUCAGUGUUCCACGCGAGAUGAACAUGCUCAACUGCGCAGCAUACAUUGCUGGUGUCAUUGAGGGGGUCUGUGAUGGAUGCGGCUUCGAGGCCAAGGUUUCGGCUCAUAACCAACCUACAGAGAUGUGGCCUAGCCGCACAGUUUUCUUGCUACGUUUUGGCGAUAGCGUGAUGGAAAGGGAGAAGGUACUUGAGCGCUCUGGUAUCAAAUAA